UUUACGGUAGGAGGCACGGCUAGCUCUAAAUGGGCAAUUUACUUAGUAAAUUUAGACUCGGGUGCCGCCGCCGGCCCCGGCCAGGACCAAGGCGUGGCGCCCCCACUCCCCUGGCCCGGGACGCCUCCCCGCCCGGCCGGGCUGACUCCGCACCCACCCCGCGCCCUUUCCGCGGCCUGUUCCGCCGGAACGCCCGUCGCAGGCCUUCACCAGCCGGCAUCUUCGUCGCCCCUAAGAGGCCGUGUCCUCUCCCUCAGGCUGCGGCCGCCCCUCUGGGGGUCCUGCCGGCUGUGGGCUGGGGGCUGGCCACGAGGAAAACACCCAUGCUGCCUGCUCGGAACCCCCCGAGGUUUGGACACCCCAGUUCCGUAAGGAUCCCUCCUCCCAGCCGCGCGUUCACCCUCCUGCUGCCUUCACCACAUGAGCCAGCGGUCAAGGCCAGGAAGCCCAUCCCAGCCACUCUCCCGGAGGAGACCGAGGUACAGGCCCAAGAAGGGCCCGGAAGAGUGAAGAAGGAUGAGGAUUCUGUGCAGAUCGAAGGGGAGGAUGACGAGAAAAGGACGCCCCUUAGCAGCGGAGAAGCAUCGUCCACAUCCAGGUCCCAGGGCACCCAGGGAGACGUGGCCUCCUUCAGAUGCAGCCCUAGGCCUCUGGAGGGAAAUGUCCACCACAAGUUCUCAGAAAACAGCACGAGUGAGAAGGCCCAGGCGUCUCCAGCGAGCUCCUGCUUGGAAGGCCCUGCCAUGCCCAGCACACACAGCCAGGCCGGAUGUGCCCGGCAUCUUGGAAAGCCUGAUCCGGAUGCAACAGCGCCCCCUGAGCCAGCAGUUGGCUGCUCCCUGCUGCCGCAGAAGUUGGCUGCGGACGUGCUGAAUGAAGAGCCACCACCCAGCUCUCUAGGCUUGCCGAUUCCGCUGAUGUCCGUAAAGAGGAUGCCUGAUGAGAAGCCUUUCGGUAUUCCUCCAACGAGCGCUGCUCCUCCCAGAGCUGCCUGCAACAGGCCCUGCAAAAGGAAAAUGUCGAUUCCACUGCUGCUGCCGCUGCCCCCUUCACUGCCAUUGCUGUGGGAUCGAGGUGAGCUUCCCCCACCUGCUAAGCUCCCCUGCCUGUCUGUUGAGGGAAACCUACACACCUUGGAGAAGAGCCCUGAGUAUAAAAGGAAUAGCAGAAUCUUGAAGGAUAAAACAGAGACCAUGACAAACAGCAGCAUCACCCAGCCUGCCCCUUCUUUCUCCCCACCUGUGGAGACUACAGACUCCCUGCCCCUGACCACUUACACUUACACUUCCCAGGUCCAAGCUCCUUUGCCCAUCCCUGACUUGGCUGACCUGGCUACUGAACCCCUCAUCCUGCCUGUCCCUCCACUUUCCACCACACCAAAAAUGGAUGAGAAAAUAGCAUUCACAACCCGUAACUCUCGUCUGGCUCUUCCUGCUGACCUUGUUCCCAUUUUGGGUGAUCAAUCUAAUGGGAAAGGAGGCUCUUGUCAUUCAGUCGUAGGAGCAGCGCCUCUCACUUCUGACCCCCCAACACCUCCUAGCCCCACACCCUUCUUCAAGCCUCCUGUCACAAGGGAGUCCCCAAUAUCUAUGGAUUCCCCUCCUCCUCUUUCCUUUCUGACUCUUCUUCCAGUCCCUUCCACCAGGACCUCAGUUAUCACCAGCAAGCCUAUGAAUUCCACAUCAGUCAUUUCCACUAUCACAACAAACGCAUCUGCCCACCUAACCUCACAGACUGUGGUAGACCCUGAAGUAGUUAACAUGGAUACUACUGCCCCAUCUCAGGUUGUUAUUUUCACAUCUUCCCUAAGCUCCAGGGUGAGCUCUCUCCCAAAUUCCCAAAUACAUUGCAGUGCAGAGCAGAGGCACCCGGGAAAGACAUCAGUCUACACAUCCCCACUUCCAUUUACCACCCCAAGUUUUAACCAACUCUUUGGAAAAGAAGCCACCCCUCAGCCCAAAUUUGAGGCUCCUGAUGGGCAGCAGCAGAAAGCUUCUCUCCCCAGUGCCUGUGUUUUCCUGAGCCUUCCCAUCAUUGCUCCUCCAGACACCUCCACUUUAGUGAACAGAGCCUCUACAGCAUCAUCAUCCAAACCUCCCAUUGAAACCAAUGCUAUGAAUACCACUCCUCCUUCCAAGGCUGUCAUCUUGCAGUCUGCCUCUGUCUCCAAGAAGUACCUCCCAUUUUACCUGGGGCUUCCUGGUUCUGGGAACACACAACCCAGCGGCAACAUUGCCUCAGUCCAAGGCUCCACCAGUUUGCCUGCACAGUCAGUCAGGGUACCAACUACAACUUCCAACCAUCGUUUAAAUCCAGGAGCCACCCCUCAGCCCAAAUUUGGGGCCCCUGAUGGGCCACAGCAGAAAACCUCUCUCCCCAAUGCCCAUGAUUUUCUGAGCCUUCCUGUCAUGGUUCCUCCAGACACCUCCACUUUAGUGAGCAGUGCCUCUGCAGAAUCAUUAUCCAAGCCUGCCAUUGACACCACUGACAUGAAUACCACCCCUCCUUCCAAACCUGUCAUCUUGCAGUCUACCUUUGUCUCCAGGAAGGAGUACAUCCGAUUUUAUAUGGGGCUUCCUGGUUCUGGGAACACACUACACAGUGACAGCAUUGCCUCAGCCCAAGUCUCCACCAGUUUUCCUGCACAGGCAGACAGGAGACCAACCACAACUUCCAGCCAUCCUUUAAAUACAGGAUCCAUCUCUCAUUCCACACUUGGGGCCACUGAUGGGCAGCAGAAAUCUGACAGUUCUUUUAUUCUGGGGAAUCCAGCAACCCCAGCACCAGUUAUAGGCUUAUCAUCUCCUUCAGUCCAGCCACUGAGUGGCAGCAUAAUUCCAUCAGGUUUUGCGGAGUUAACAUCACCAUAUUCUGCAUUGGGCACACCUGUUAAUGCUGAGCCAGCCGAGGGUCACAAUGCAAGUGCUUUCCCCAAUGGCACAGCAAAGACUUCUGGAUUUAGAAUUGCCACUGGGAUGCCUGGCACUGGAGACAGUACCUUACUGAUUGGAAAUACUGUUCCAGGCCCACAAGUGAUUAUGGGACCUGGAACCCCUAUGGAUGGUGGGAGCAUUGGGUUCAGCAUGUCUGCCCCAGGCCCCAGUUCCACAUCAGGAGAACUCAACAUUGGACAAGGACAGAGUGGGAUACCCAGCACCACUUCUGUUUUCCCAUUUGGUCGGGUAGCCUGGGACCCAACUGGCCACAGCAUGGCUGCUCCACCACAAGGGGCUAGCAACAUUCCUGUAUUUGGAUAUACUUCUGCUGCCACCUACAUUCCUGGUUUAGACCCACCUACCCAGAAUUCAUGCAGUGGUAUGGGAGGGGAUGGCACCAAAUCCAUAGUUGGAGGCCCUUGUGUUCCUGCUUUUCAACAGUGCAUCCUGCAGCACACAUGGACAGAGAGAAAAUUCUACACUUCAAGCACCCACCACUAUGGACAAGAAACAUAUGUUAGGAGAUGUGUCUUUCCAACUUCCAUAAGAGCACCUGUGGUUCACCUGACCACACCACAUCAGUUGGGGUUGUAAAUACCAGCAUUAUCCCUUUGUAUGGUCAUGCUUCUAGUUUCAUCUUCAUGCCAAGCACCUGCCAUGUACCUCUCCAGAACUCAGGUUGUACACCAAGAGGGGACAACAACAUCCCUGUGGUUGGAAGCCCUUGUGCUCCCUUUCUCCAUCAGUACACAUGGGGCCCACCUGGACAAAACACAGGUGGUGCAUCUGCAGUGAAUGCCAACAUACCUUUAAUUAGAGGCCCUUGUGUAUCCACCUACCAACAAAGUACCUAGGGCCCACCUGGACAAAACACAGAUGGUACCUCUUCCAGGAGUGUCAACAUUCAUUUGAUAGGAGGCCCUCAUGUGCCCAUGUAUCAGCAAAGCACCUGGGGCCCACCUGGACAAAGCACAAACCAUGCAGUGAGGGACAGCAACACAACGACUGUGACUGGUUGUACUUUUGGUCCCCCAUUCACACAAAGCACCUGAGGCCCACCUGGCUAAAUGCAGGUGGUACAAUAGGAGAUAGCCCCAGACAUUUGUAGGGAGAAACCUCUAGUCUCUCUUUCAGUAAAAAUACUAUGGACCUGCCCAACCAAGGUGCUCCUUUUGACUUUAGAGGAACCAGCAUUGUUUUUGUUUUGGUUUGUUUGUUUGUUUUUGAGACGGAGCCUUAGCCCAGGCUGGAGUGCAGUAGCACAAUCUCAGCUCACUGCAACCUCCGCCUCCUGGGUUCAAGCAAUUCUCCUGUCUCAGCCUCCUGAGUAGCUGGGACUACAGGCACAUGCCACCACUAUUUUUUAUAAUUUUAGCAGAGACAGGGUUCCACCUUAUUGGCCAGGCUGGUCUCAAACUCCUGACCUCAGAUGAUCCACCCACCUCGGUCUCCCAGAGUGCUAGGAUUACAGGUGUGAGCCACCGUGCCCAGCCUAAAGGAGCCAGCAUUGUUAGUUAAAUACUUGUGUUUGGAUGGUCCUGGUCAGAGCAACUGUGUCUGUGAUGGAAAGCAGCCACUAGUGACACUUGUACCUGCCAAGGCCUUCAUAGGAGCCACCAACUCAUUUCUUACUCCUAUUAAUGGUCUUAAGAAAUAAGCACUCUCCCUCCACGUACAGUUCUCAUAAAUUGACAUUGUUCCAGGAGGAACAGGCUCAGUUCCCUCAAGUUAAACUUAACCUGCUCUCUUCCUACAGAAGCUGGAGGCCCAAAACCACAGAGAGAGAGAGAGAGAGACAGAGAGAGAGAGAGAGAGUGUGUGUGUGUGUGUGUGUGUGUUUAUUGGUGAGUGUGGAGCAGAUGAGCCCAGUCUGAACCGCACUGUAUUUUAGUGGUCUUCUACACUGUGGAGGGUAGAGGAAACCUGUAUAUAUCAUCAGCUGUACCCUCUCUGGCUCGACUGUUAACUUGGCUGACCCUACCUCUUGGCCAGUUCUCUCUAGUCACGGACAGAAAGGCAAAAUUCCCGACUUUGUGGACCCUACAUUCUAGUUGAAGGGGAGAAAAGAAGCAACAAACAUGGAAAUUAUCUGGUAAAUUAGCCAGUAACAAAUGCUAUGAAAAAUAAAGAAGUACAUGGAGGAUUGAGAUUGUAGAUAGAGAGAAGCAGGGGUUCCAGUUUACACUGUGGACAAGCCUCACUGGGAAGGUAAAUUUAAACGAAGCCUAGAGAGAAGCAGUUGAGCCAGAUAUGUGAGUAAAGACCAUUCCAGAUAAUAGGAGUGGUCAUUGCAAAGGCUCAAAGGAAGGAUCCCUGGUGUCCUCACGGAGCAGUUAGUAACGAAAUGUGGCUGGAAUGGAGUCAGCAAGUGGGAGGGAGGGAUAGAGAAAAGGAGGACAGAGGAGACAUGAGUGGAAUUCCUUCCUCCACUUUUUACUAGUUGUGUAAUAACAGUUGACUCAAACUUCAAGAGUGUCGGUGAAAUCAGUACUUUUACUAUGGCCUGUUUAUCUCACAAGAUUUUUGAAAGGAUGAAAUAAUAUGGAGAAAUGACUUACAAGCUUUUGUUAUAAUUCAUUCUAUACAUAGGGAUGGAUAGACGGAUGGAUUAGAUGAUAGAUGAUAGAUAGAUAAGAUAGAAGAUAGAUUAGAUAGAAGAUAGAUUAGAUAGAAGAUAGAUUAGAUAGAUAGAUGAUUGAUAGAUAGAUGAUAGAUAGAUAGAUAGACAGAUGAUAGAUAGAUAGAUGAUAGAUAGAUAGACAGACAGAUGAUAGACUUAUGGACUGAAUGUUUGUGUCCCCCCAAAAAUUCAUAUUUUGAAGCCUAACUCCCAAUGUGAUGAUAUUAAGAGGUGGGGCUUUGGGGAGGUGAUUAGGUUUAGAUGAAGUCAUGAAGAUGAAACCCCCAUGAUGGGAUUUGUGCCUUUAUGAGAAGAAGAAAUACCAGUGCUUUCUGUAAUUGCCAUAUGAAGGUAUACCAAGAAGGUAACUGUCUGUAAGCCAGGAAAAGAGUCCUCACAAGAAACAGAAUUUGCCUUUUUCUUGGACUUCCCAACCUUUAGAAUUGUAGAAAAUAAUUGUAUGUUGUCUAAGCUACCAGUCUGUGGCAUUUUUUGAAGCAAUCAGAACUGACUAAUAAAGAUAGACGAUAGAUAGAUAGAUACAUAGAUAGAUGAUAGAGAUAGAUAUAGAUAGAUAUAGAUAGAUAUAGAUAGAUAGAUAGAUGAUAGAUAGAUAGAUAGAUAGAUAGAUAGAUAGAUAGAUAGAUAGAUGAUAGAGAGAGAAUAUACAUAUAUAUGUGUGGUCAAUGACUGAGUUCCUUAGGCAAUGGUGCCCUGAUUGCCUUUAUUAGGCAAUUCAAAUAGAAGAAUAAAAGAACCCCUUUUUUUUUGAGAUGGAGUCUUGCUCUGUCGCCCAGGCUGGAGUGCAGUGGCGCGAUCUUGGCUCACUGCAUGAUCCGCCUCUCAGAAGACCCCCUUUUUAUUAGCAUAAAAGCACUUUUAUGAAGCAAACACAUGUAAAAAUAUGAUAACAGAGACUAAAACAUUUAUGAGAUUAGGACUGAAAGAAAAUAAUCACAGAGAAAUUACUGAAUUCCUCUUGGCACCCUGGGGCCUGAUUCAUUUACUCUAAGUUGUUUAGUACAGUUCCAGAGGAUCAAAGCUCCUGUAUCCUGGCCAGAUAAUCACCUAAAUUUUGUAAUCAGAACUGCCUUUCAGAAGCAGAGUGGAAAUCCAGUUUUCUUCUAAUAGCCCUAUACCCUUGCAGUAUUACCAGGGACAAAUUUUUAAAAUUCAUACUUCUUGACAUUUUUUAGAAGGCUUCAAGCUAAAUAUUAUGAUCCUGGUAAGACAAACUUCGAAUAAAUGUGUGAGAGAUAUAAAGAUAAUUUUUGUUUUCAUGUUUUGAUAUACUUACACAACUGAAACUAUUUCUAAAUAAAUAUUCUUUUAUUUUUUAUUAAAAUAAAAAGCGAACAUAAUAUCAAUUUGAAUAAUACUGAAAUUCAACCUUCCUACCACAGUUCCCUCCUCCAGAAAUAGUUCUUAGCUACUUUGCUGUUACUCCCAUAGUUCUGAGUUUGCUUUUUACUUCAACUAUUAUGUUAUCUUACAGAUGUCAUUGUUUUUCCUAAAACUUGAAGUGCCUUCCUUUUUUUCUCCUUGAACUCUCUUUUCCCAUAAAAAAAAGUGUUUUUGGUUUUCUAAAAUUUUCAAAUAGUAUUGUUUACUUGACUGAAUCCCUUCCUUUUCCAGAAAACUUGAGCCUCUUCCACUGGUUUGGGAGUGGAAAGACCAAAGUAAGUGUAAAAAGUAAAGUAGAGGUUCCUCUUCAAAGACUUUCCUCCCCAUCUAAUUAGAAAUAAAUAGUAACUUCUUUUAGAAGCAAAAUAUAUUCACAGACCUGUGCUAACAUUCUUAAAUAUCUGCUAGUUGUAAUAAAGAAAUCAAUGUACUUUAUGUUCUUAGCUCCCACAAUUUAGCCUAAAUAUUUGCCCUGGCAUGCUUAUACUGGUCCAAGCAUUAGGUCAUAGCCUAUUCCUCUUCCUCAUUUAAAAGUGUUUUUACCUUUCUCAGCAUUCCACAAGUUACUUCCUCCUUCCUUUGUUCUCCUCUACCUUUGCCUCUUAAAAGUUCUAAGUUGCUAGCCGAUCGGGACAAAUACAGAAUGUGAGGUCCUGUUCCAGCCAAUGGAAACCGGACACAGCAGUAGGGUGGACGCGUCAGGUUAUAAAUGACCCUGUCUCCUUUGUUUGGUGUACUCUUGUGGCAAAACUGCUGGCGAGUGUACCCUUUCUGCAGGAAGUAAAAAUGGCCUUACUAAAUAAAUUUAUGUUCAAGUGCUAUUU